AUGAUCCGAAAUCGACCUGCAUGUCUGCUGUGCCUCCAUGGACUCGGUGCUCUUUCCGCUCCUAAAUUCUCUCCCCCGACAUUUUCACGAUGUGUGGCUAGCGCUUCAUUAAGAAGGCGUCCUUCCCGCUUUACUCUUUCUGACCGGGUUGCCGAGAGGCCCGUCGAGAGCAAGCGGAAACCAGAGCCAACACAUGGAAUGAACCGAACAAAAGUUAAUAUCCCCCAACCGGUGUGGAGGAAUAGACGGCCUUGGUCCAAGGUGCGCGAUCAGGUUGAGGGACGGUUCCAAAAAAAUGAAAAACUUGACCCUAAACAUAUGAGAAUGGCACAAUCCCUUGGUGUCGUUUCAAGAGCGCAAAGAGACGAGGUCAAGACUGAGGUUGACAAGUGGUUUUCAUUUGACAACUUUGAUCUACUGCCGUCUAUAAAAGAAAGUAUUAUAAAAGGAGCUUUGAAGGGGUUAGAUACCGUUGAACCCUCUCCGGUUCAGAAGUUAGCCAUUCCAGUGCUGACGGGCCAGACCACGAGGCGGCAUAAGCAUGCAAUUGAUGACAAGAAUCCUUAUGAAGUCUUUCUUAUUGCAGCCGAGACAGGUUCCGGAAAAACACUUUCAUACGUUGCUCCCAUUCUUGAUUUCCUCAAGCGGAGCGAGGAAGCUCCCCGAAAAAAUGAUGGAGCAGAAACAUGUGUGGAGAGAGUCCCUACCCCGAAGGCUCCCGUCAGAGAUCUAUUCGACCUAGAAAUACCCAUCAUGGAGCCAAAAGAGGACAAGGGGAACCACGGAAAACCUCGAGCAAUAAUCUUAGUUCCAACCUCCGAGCUCGUCACUCAAGUAGCAAGUGUAGUAAAGUCGAUGUCCCACAUCGCCAAGUUCCGCACAACAAUGAUAUCUAGCAACUUUACUGCCACUGUGAUCCGCAACCGCCUCUUCUCCGGCCCCUUAGACGUCCUGGUGUCAACCCCAUUCCUCCUUUCCAGCCUCGCUGAAGACAGCCCGAAAAUCCUCUCGAAAUGCACGCACCUAGUAGCAGACGAAGCAGACUCUCUCUUCGACCGCGAAUUCGUCCAACUCACCACAUCAAUAAUAGAGCGAGCGCAAGCGCUUAAGAAGCUAAUACUCUGCUCAGCCACGAUUCCAAAGUCCCUGGACACACGACUACGCAAGUUCUACCCGAACAUGCAACGCCUCGUGAGUCCCAAAAUCCACACGGUGCCCCGAAGAGUCGUCCUGUCAGUAGUGGACGUAGACCAGAACCCCUACCGCGGCAACAAACUCCUCGCCUGCGCCAACUCCCUCUCGCAUAUUGCCAAGGAGCCCAGUGAGGAAGGCUUCGUCAAGAAGGUUGUCGUCUUCGUGAACCGUCGUGAGUCCACCACCGAGAUCGUCUCCUUUCUUCGCGACAAGGGCUUCGACGCCGCAAACCUCAACCGCGACACAGACGACCGCAGAAAUACUGCCGUCGUGGAGUACUUCACUGGCCCGAAAGUCAGCGCGGAUCCGACGGCCCGCGUACUCGAGAGGAUGAAGGUCCUCGUGACCACUGACAUCGCGAGUAGAGGCGUUGACACCAAGACCGUCAGGAAUGUGCUUCUUUACGAUGUCCCAUACACCACUAUCGACUUUAUACAUAGGCUUGGACGGGUGGGCAGGAUGGGGAAGAGGGGGAAGGCUGUGCUGUUUGUGGGUAAUGAUACGAAUAAGGCCUGGGUUAAGGAGAUUAAGAAGUACUAUCCUCUUGUUCCUCCUUCCGUUCUCUCCCCCCUUCCUAUGGUUGCUGCUUUGAUGGUAAGUUUAGAGCUAAUGUGUGUUUCCUUACGUAGGAGUAUGUUUUUGGGUGGGCCAUUACUGUAG